AUGGUCAUCAAAUGGCGAUUCCGAUGCAGGGGAGCUUUUCACAGAAUAAAGGAGUAUAUAUCAUGGAAAAUAGCACAAGUAAUGCUAACAAUACGUUCGCUGACAUAUAAUGAACACAUGAGCCAAAGCUAUGCUGUUGACUGCCUUCUAGAACCAAUAUUUUGGUUUGUGGACAAUUUUGCCUGUUAUUUAGGAAAGAUUUUUGUAUUCUGUGUGACCAUUUUGACUACAGCAGUUGUGUUAAUUUCAUAUUGGGUUGGGUUACCCUACUGGUGGCAGCGCAAUCAAUUUUUCACAAUUUUUUUAGUUGCUUUUGGUAAUUGGCUGUUGCUCAAUAUUGUUUUCCAUUACUACAUGGGUGUAACUACUUCUCCUGGACAUCCUCCCCAUGGCGUAAUGAUAUUGCAUGCAGCAAGUAUUUGUAAGAAGUGUAUAUCACCAAAGCCACCUCGAACUCACCAUUGUUCAGUUUGUGACAAGUGCAUACUUGCCAUGGAUCACCACUGCCCGUGGCUUAAUAACUGCGUUGGUUAUUAUAAUGCCAGGCACUUCUAUCUUUACAUGGUUUAUAUGGUGGCUGGUGUUCUAUUUCUGAUUGUUUUUGGAAUUGAAAUUGGAUACCAAGUACUACUGCUAAACGAUACAAGUGAUAUCACACCCAAUGAGGAUCCCGAGUUGAUAGGACAUCCUGUUCGCAUGAAUCAAACGGGUGUAUUAGUACCAGUGAAAGUAAUUGUUGAGUAUGAUUCCUUUAAUUUUCCGAGAGAGCAUGACUUACCCAUACCAGUUGUAUCUGAAUUGCAACUCAUCAGUAGUCAUCCCUGGAAGAGAAAAGCUGUAAUAUUCAUGGCUAUUACAUGUCUGUCUGUACUUUUAUCAUUGGGAACUUUAUCUGUAUGGCAUGGAAAAAACAUAUCUAGGGGGGAGACAUGUAUCGAAGCUCAUAUAAACGCAAAGUUUCGGAAAACUCACAAAUCGUCCUUUAGAAAUCCGUACGAUUUUGGCAGAAGGAAAAAUUGGAAGUUAUUUUUAGGCUUAGUCCAGGGCAGAACGUUUGUUAGACAUGUACUAUGGCCAUCAGCCCAUCGUCCGACGGGUACGGGUCUUACUUGGCAUACUGUGAAUAAUGUAUUAGAAGACUGGCCGUAG